AUGCGGCAUAGGGUUCAUGGAAUAGAAAAUCAAGUUACAGAUGGUCCACGUAUCAUUGUAGUCAAUCACCAAAGUGCCCUUGACAUUCCAGCCUUGAUCCCCGUGUGGCCCAGGCGAUCGACAUUCGUAGCCAAACGGUCCAUAGCAACCUAUGCUUCAUUUGGCUUACUUGUCUGGUUUCUUAAAGCCAUUUUAAUUGAUCGUUCGAACCGUGAUGACAGUAUACAUAAGUUGCGUAAUGCAGCCAAAAUUGUUAAAGAGCAUCAGGUUUCGGUCAUCAUUUUUCCUGAGGGCACUCGAGGAGACGGAAAGAGUGGUUUGCUUCCCUUCAAAAAAGGCGCAUUUUACCUCGCUGUGGAAGCGCAGGUUCCCGUCCAGCCCGUUGUAAUUGCGUCAUAUUCUGGAUUCGACAUAUCUAACAGAGUGGCUAGGGGAGUUUCUACCAUCGGCAUGGUUGCCUCAGAUGUAGCCCCCCUUGCUGAUAGGGUUCAAAAGAAGAUGUCUGAUGUCUUUAUGUGUGAAAUGUGUGCAUUCUUCAGUGACUUUGUAUUUUCGAUUAAAAUUCCUGAUAUCAUCAGGGAUGAUGGAGUAUUGCUCCAUGGUUCGAAAAUCCUCUGCUGGACCGUCUUUAAACCAGAUGCUUAUAGUCGCGCAUGUUUUGGCAUUGCUCUAAUCCACUAA